UAGCUCCUGCCGCACCCAAGUAGAAUAAAGAUGGAUGGGCGGAGCCAGGGUGAGUGCAGAGAGAUAAACCCACCACAGGAGGGGAUAAAAACAGAGAAAUAUCUCUUUCACUCGUUGUAUAGCUUAGUUUUCAUUUCACCGCAACGUUAAAGAGAGGGACGCCACUCAAGAUGAACGGAGAGUCAGGUGCCGGUGUGGUGACGGCUCCCCCUCCCACCACAGCCCCACACAAGGAGCGCUAUUUUGACCGGGUGGACGAGAGCAGUCCAGAGUACCAGAGAGAGAGGAAUAUGGCUCCUGACCUGAGACAGGACUUCAACAUGAUGGAGCAGAGGAAGAGGGUGUCCAUGAUACUACAGAGCCCGGCGUUCUGUGAAGAGCUGGAGACCAUGAUCCAUGACCAGCUGAAGAAGGGGAAGACGCCCACGAGCCUGCUGGCACUGCAGCAGAUUGCUGACUUCAUGACCACCAGCAUGCCUUCCAUGUAUCCGGCUGCACCACAAGGAGGCAUGGCUGCACUCAACAUGAGUUUGGGGAUGGUGACUCCUGUCAAUGAUCUGCGAGGUUCAGACUCCAUUUCCUAUGAAAAGGGCGAGAAGCUGCUUCGCUGCAAACUGGCUGCUUUUUAUCGUCUCUCUGACUUGUUUGGCUGGUCUGAGCUUAUCUACAACCACCUCACUGUGAGGCUGAAUUCAGACCAGGAGCGCUUCCUUAUUGUCCCCUUUGGGCUUCUGUACAGUGAAGUAACAGCCUCUAGUCUGGUGAAGAUAAACCUUGAUGGUGAGAUCGUGGACCGAGGAAGCACCAACCUUGGAGUCAACCAGGCCGGUUUCACCCUCCACUCAGCCAUUUAUGCCGCAAGGCCUGACGUCAAGUGUGUUGUACACAUACACACAGCUGCAGGCGCUGCAGUUUCAGCCAUGAAGUGCGGGCUGCUGCCCAUCUCACCCGAGGCACUGUCCCUGGGGGAGGUGAGAUAUCACGACUACCACGGCAUUCUGGUAGACAAUGAAGAAAGGGCUCUAAUCCAGAAGAAUCUUGGGCCAACAAGCAAAGUUCUGAUCCUAAGAAACCACGGCUUGUUGUCAGUAGGAGAAACAGUGGAAGAGGCUUUUUAUUACAUCCACAACCUGGUGACUGCCUGUGAGAUCCAGGUGCGAACACUGGCCAGCGCUGGAGGUCCAGAUAAUCUGGUGAUGCUGGACCCUGCAAAGUAUAAGUCCCGUCCCCGGGUCCCUGAGCCUGCAGGUGAUGGGUCCUCAACACACCCCAAGUGGCAAGUUGGGGAGCAGGAGUUUGAGGCUCUCAUGAGGAUGCUCGACAAUUUGGGCUACAGGACGGGCUACCCUUACCGCUGCCCGGCUCUGAGAGACAAAGGUAAAAAGUACAGUGAUGCGGAGCUCACCUCCUCAGCCCACGGGAGUUACUCCUACGGGGAGGACAGUGACUCAGGUGCUCGCUCCCCACUGAAACACAGCUUCCAGCGCGGCCAGCGCGACAACACCCGCUGGCUGAAUGCCGGCGGCCGGCCCGAUGAGCCCUAUGACGAUGGGCCCGACAGCAGCAGCCCCAAGUCGAAGCCUAAGGUGUGGACGAACAUAACACACGAUCACGUCAAACCCUUGCUGCAGUCUCUCUCGUCCGGUGUCUGCGUGCCAAGCUGUAUAACCAACUGCUUGGGUGAGCUGGUGACCGCGUCCAAGGCCAUCAUCGAGAAGGAGUACCAGCCCCAGGUCAUCGUCAGCAAGACUGGUCCCAACCCCUUCACCAAACUCACCGACCAGGAGCUGGAAGAGUACCGUAGGGAGGUGGAGCAGAAGCAGAGAGAAAGUGAAGUGAAAGAAGGAGAAAGAGGACCGACCUCUACAUCCAGCAUAUCUGGACCAGAGCCGGUUGGUCACAUGGACUCUCGUCCGGGGAAAACCCAGUCUCCAGCUCCUACCCCUCUCUCCUCCUCUCAGACAUCAUCUGGAGUUCCUUGGUCCGCUCAUGGUGGUUCACAGUCAGCAGAGGCAGGAGCAGAUGAUGUUUUUUCACCCACAGAUGAGGUCUUUUCCACUCUAGAGUUUCCAAAAGUAGAUUUCCACUCGACUGAGAUGGUGUCUGACAGCAAGGAGCCUUCAGGAGUGAAAGCAGCAGUUCAGGCUCCAGAUCCAGAGCAACAGUUGGAGUCUGAGGAGGAGCCCAAAGGCCCUAAGCCCGCAUCCACACCACCGAGCACCCCGGUCAGAGCAGAGGAAGAGUCCCCACCAGAACAAGCCUAUAAGGACGAGAGUGAUGCAGCCACCCUGAGACAGACCCUUCCAGAUCUGAGCCCCGACGACCCCUCUGAUGCUCCGGCGCUGCCCGCUGAAGACUCCGCCCCUGCACCUGCCACCACAGGGGCAGCUGAGGGGGAGGAACCCGCCGACGCCGGGGACCAGGAAGGAGACGAGUCUCCCAGCAAAUCGCCCUCCAAAAAGAAAAAGAAGUUCCGCACUCCCUCCUUCCUAAAGAAAAACAAAAAAAAAGUCUGAAUCAUAAGAUUGAAGAAUGUCGGAACAUCGUUCCUCCAGGCCUCUGCUCCGUUUCACCUUCUGUCGCUUCAAGCGAGACACGAUAAAAUUAGGCUUUCUGUUAAUUUCAUCCGUUUCAGGCUUAUUAACCUAUUUGACAUCUUUAUUUGUUUGUGCCAUUUUUGUACGCAAAGUAAAAACAUUGAUGUUUCUGAUCAUUCUGAGCUUUUAGUUGUGAGUGAUGCUGUUGGUCUCGUCCACUCCACUCGGCCUUUUUCUGCAUGUUUAUUACUGCGGGCCCACAAGCUUGUCUGCUAUUGUUUUGAAUUAUUAACCGUUGUAACCACUAGAAUGUAAAGGGAUUGUAUCUAAAUAUAAAAGUGUCUUUUAAGAGUAUAACAGUCACACCCAGAAGAGGAGCUUGCACCGUCUCGUUUAUCUGCUGGUAAAUUCUGACAGUUACGUCUACAGAUACCCUUUUUUUCCCGAAGCUGUGAAAGAACAAAACAUGUUGAUGUUCCUGUUAAAGCAUUCACUACAUUUUACAUCUACUCUGUGACUUUUUACAUUUUUAUUCUAACACCACUGUUAUCUAUGCGUUAAAAUCAUAAACUAGAUUUAUUUCAAGUUACUUUCUGCAUCGUUUGUCGGCUUUGAGUCGAUCUGUGAAGAAAGUUAAUGGUUUUCCACUGUUUUAGCUUUUUAUUUGACUAAAUCAUUUGUCACUUGGUCAGUGGGGAAACAAAAAGUGAUAUUUUACGUUUUUGAUUUAAUAGUUUCUGUCUGAAAGCAGAUUGAGUCAUCAUAUAGAAGAUGAAAAUGGUGAUGUCCCAAAGCUUCAUUAUCAAUCUCUAGACUACACUGGGUCUUAUCAGCAUUUUUAAAUCAAUUUGAUUUUGAGGAUAUAAACAUUUUUAUUAAGAGUUAUUUCUGUUUCAUUUCUAGGUUUAGGCCAUCCAUCUUGUUUUAAUCAGCUUUUAUAAUAAACCAAAAUGCAAAAAUGUAGAGAUCAGGUUCAUCUAACUCUAUUAAAAUGACCUUGCUCACAACAGGUGCUGCAUUUGCAAAGCUUUGUGUGCGACCUCAAAAAUGACUCCCAACCCCUUUUUAAUUGCAUUUUAAAUUUUGUUUGCUUAAAAAUCUCUGAAUUCUUGUUUUAUCAUCUAAACUUUUGUUUUGAAUUAUUUAAUCCAGAAACUUGUUAAUUCUUCUUGUUUUGUUAUGUUUUCACUUGUUCUACAACCAUGAAUAAAAAACACUCUUCAACAGCA